AUGUCUUCCCCCAACCCUGAGGAUAUCUUCCCCCAGGAGCCUGAGCCUGAGCCCUCAAGCUCCAAGAAGAAAAAGAAGAAAAGAAAGUGGCUGCAGCCAGAGGCCAGCAUCCAAGCCCUCACCAGGGCUGGCCAUGGGGCCCUACAGGCCGGCCGGAACCAUGAGGCCUUGACCAGCUUCCAGAGGGCAUUCCUUUUGGCCUCCAAGACCCCGCAGACCACGGACAGCCCUGUGCUCCAGGCAUGUGCCUUCAACCUAGGAGCUGCCUAUGUGGAGACUGGGGACCCAGCCAGAGGCCUUGAGCUGCUCCUGCGAGCCCAGCCUGAAGAAAAGGCACAGGGCAGGUGUCACGGUGACCAGUGUUUCAAUGUGGCUUUAGCCUACCAUGCCCUCGGUGACCUGCCUCAAGCUUUGGCCUGGUACCACAGGGCCCUGAGCCACUACCAGCCACAGGGUGGCCAGGGGGAAGCCCAGGCAAAAAUGGGAGCCUGCUACCAGGCUCUGGGACAGCCUGAGCUAGCAGCCCACUGCCUGCAGGAAGCAAGCUGGGCCUAUGCCCAAGCAAGGCAGCCCCGGGCUGCAGCCCUAGCAUUGGGGGCUGCGGCGGGGUGUAUGCUGAAGAGCGGGCGGCAUGGGGUAGGUGAAGUUGUGCAGGUGCUGGAGGAGAGCCGUAGGCUUGCUGAGAGGAGCACUGAGCAGGGACUGCUGGGGCACCUCUAUAAUGACCUAGGCCUGGGCUACUCUCAGCUCCAGCUGUUCCCACUGGCCGUGGAGGCCUUCCUGCAGGCCUUGCCCCUGUGUCAGGGGCUAGGAGAGCAAGCCACAGUGCUAAGAAACCUCGGGAUGGCCCACAAUGCGCUCGGCAACUAUCAGGAAGCUCGGGAGUUUCACCAGAAGGCUGCUGACCUACAUGGCUCCGUGGGGCAGCGGUGGGAGCAGGGCCGGAGCUUUGGCAGCCUGGCAUUUGCAUUGAGCCAGCUGGAGGACCACAAGGCUGCCAGAGACAACUACCUGCAUGCCCUGCAAGCUGCGCGGGACACUGGGGACAUGAAGGGGCAAUGGCAGGCCUGUGAGGGGCUGGGGGCUGCUGCAGCCAGACUGGGGCAGUAUGACCAGGCCUUGAAGUACUAUAAGGAAGCACUGGCCCAGUGUCAGAAGGAGCCAGAUUCUGUGCGAGAACGGCUGGUGGCCAAGCUGGCAGAUGCCAUGAGGACCCACUUGGGCCAGGUGGGGCUCGUCCAGGCUCACACCCUGACCUCGGCUCUAGGAAGGCCCCAGGCUCCAGGCAGGGUCUGCCGCGCGGCGGGGACCCCGGCCAGGGUUCGAGGCAGCACCGCAGAAGCACCACGCCGGUCUUCCGGUGGGUGGGAAGUCGAAGAGCUUGAGGCGAGCCACCAAGAGAAAAAAGAGGAGGGGUCGGCGAAUGUUCGCGAGACUUCUGGGCCUGGGAGAAUGCCCCUGUGUUUCCUUCCAGGCACAGUGAAUCAUUCCCACCAUCUAGCUUCUAGUUGGCCCAUGUUUACCAAGCACCUGUCUUGUAAAGGAACAGUUCUUUACACACCCUCUGUGUACAGUCCAGGACCCAUGGCCCAUCUUCCAUUUGGAGGUCCAGGCUGUCCCAGAGUGGAGUACCCUAGCAUCCUGGUACCCAAUGGCUCCCAAGCCAAUAGGUCACCCAAAUGGCACAGGGAAACCCUCAGCAGGAGCCCCCAGAGGAAACCCACAGAAUCUAGCUUCUGCACAGUCAUGUGACCUCCCCCCUGCUGGCCAUAGCCCUCACCUCUGUGGAACCUGCCCCAAUACACACACUCUAGGGGUUUCAGGGACUGAGCCUUUUCCCAGUUGUCCAACCCUGUAUGGACAGGGAACACAACAUAGUCAGCCAGUGGUUUCCUGAGGAGGCUGGUCAAGGGCUUUGCAGUCUCACCUCUGAGAGGUUCUGUUUGCUCCUCACUGGGAUUUUUGGACUUAAUAGGUAUUAAAAAAAAAAAAGGCAAAAUGGACGGUGAAUUUCACUUUUUUCCUGGAUCCAAACCUCAUGAUUGCUAAAGCCCUUGCAGUUCUAAAAACUAUGACUUCUUGGUCAAGUGGCUUUGGAGUCACUGACUCUCAGUCCUCCAUUUUUCCAUAUGAUAUAGUAAUAAUACUACAGAAGAUACAUCUUACUCAAUCGAGGCACCCACUUCCUCCAGGAAAGAUACGGGAUGCUGGGCACAGGCUCUUGCCUACAGCCUGUAGGACAGCUGCUGCUCACAGCCCAGCAACACUGAUAUUAUGUAACAUUUAUUGAGCACUUAGCACAUGCUCCACACUAUUCUAAGUGCUUCACAAG